CACACUUUUUAAGGAAAAGGAAUCUCAACCUUGCGAGAGGCAAAACACAAAUGUAGUUAUCUUUUUUUAAUAGUGUUUUCAUCAAUGUAUAAUUCAAACCAAUUAAGAGUACACGAUAAUGAUAGAUGGAGGAUUAGUAUCCCAUUCCAUCGAACAUAGAAUAGAAGCAGAUGCUUUGGCAAGAUAAUAAACAAUUUUUUUCUCUGAUUUCUUAAAAUACCACGGAGAGAAGAAUAACAACUCUUUGAAAAGAGUUUUACCGGCAACGACUAAAAAUUUAAAAUAAAAGUAAUUCACCAAACUUUCUUUGGAGCUUGCUGCAAGAGUAAAUUAUGAGUUUCUACAAUCAGCUUCAUUGUACUGAAUUACUCCUUUAACCAAGUGAGAGUCUCACGUACCCCUAUGAUCUUGGCAAACAAAGCGUCAGCAACACGAGGAACAUAGUUUUUCAAGCAAUAAAUUGACCCAAUAUGCCUACCCCCGCUAAACCAUGUUACUAGCCAGCAAGCAACAUGGUAAGUUUGCAAUUUGUCAAGAACAUUUCUUGAGAACCUGAAAUGGGCUUAACAUGAAAAAGCUGUCCAACUAUGCAUAUAAAGCUCUUCUCUUUUGCUCAUCACUGCCAAACAAAUUCUCUCAACAUAUACCACCUUUCCAAUUCUUUUCUCCUAACCUUAGCCAAAAACCCCUUUUCCCCAUCCAUCACUUUUUUAUUACACAUGGGAAUACUCAAGUUAGUGGUUACACUUCCCCUGCCACCCACCAAUUGUUUGACAAAAUGCCACAAAGAAGAGUUCAAGAUUUCAAGAAUGUCGAAGGGCAUGAAAUCUUUGAACUUGUUAACAUAGUUAAAGAAAAUCCUGAUAUCUUAACCGCUUCACAAGUACAUGCCUUAGUGCUUAAAGUAGGCAUGCUUGCUCAUUUGCCCAUUAUAACUACUCUCCUCAUUAUCUACUCAAGAAUCAAGAAUUUAAUCUCUUCGUUGGUGCUCUUUGGUGAAAUUAUUGAUAAAGAUGUUGUAACAUGGAAUGCUAUCAUGACAGCAUGCAUAGAGAACAAUAUUUUUGGAUAUGCAGUGAGUAUCUUUGCUGAAAUGAUGAAUGAAGGAGAGCAGUUUGAUUCCGCCACGCUUGUUAUUGUCAUUUCUGCCUUGUCUAACAUGAGAGAUUUGAGAAAGGGAUUGGUUGUUCAUUGUUUAAGUAUGAAAAUGGGAAUGCUUUCAGAUUCAAUUUUGGGAAAUGCUUUGAUUGAUUUUUAUGCAAAAUGUGGUAAUUUGAGCUUAUCGGAGUGUGUGUUUCUCGAAAUAGAAUGUAAAGAUGUUGUUUCUUGGAAUUCAGUUAUUAGUGGUUGUCUUAAUAAUGGUCGUGCUGAGAAGUCUUUGUUGUACUUCAAGCAGUUGGCUGGUUUGGUAAAGGGUGGCGAUACUGUGAGUCUCUCCAGUGCUAUUGCUGCUUCCGCUUGUUUAGAUGAGUUUGGUUGUGGUCAGGCUAUCCAUGGAUGUGUUAUAAAGUUGGGAUAUGAAGAGAGUUGCCACCUUUCAGUGGCGAAUUCUCUCAUUUCAUUGUAUUCCCAAUCCGGGGACAUUGAUGCUGCUGAAUACAUCUUUGACAAAAUGGAGUAUAAGGAUAUAAUAACAUGGAAUUCAAUGAUUAGUGGAUUCGCUUUGAAUGGGAAAAUCGGUGAGGCAUUUGAUGAUCUUCAUGAAAUGCAGUUCACUAGGACCAUAGAACCGGAUGCUGUGACAUUAAUAUCCAUUAUUCCGCUAGUUGCAGAAUUCACGCUAUUGAGAGAAGGGAAAGCUAUUCAUGGCUUUACCAUCCGGAGAGAGAUGGGAGCAGAACUUCCAGUGAUGAAUGCUCUCAUGGAUAUGUAUUUUAACUGCACAAGGGCCAAGGAUGCUGAGAAUCUCUUCUUAAAUAUGUCGAAGAAAGAUCUAGUUUCAUGGAAUACCAUAAUCUCUGGUUAUUCCCAGAAUGGUCGGUGUAGAGAAGCUCAAUCUUUGUUUAAGAAGUUCCGUAGUGGAAUCUCAAAAUGCAGCCUGUCGACUCUACUGGGAAUUCUUCCUGCUUGUGAUUCCCCUAACUCAGUUCAAUUUGGAAAGCUGAUCCAUUCGUGGGAGGUGAAGUUGGGAUUUGUAAAUAAUAUCAUCUUAGUAAAUUCGUUGAUGUACAUGUAUAUUUCUUGUGGAGAUCUAGUAGCUUCUUUCAAACUGCUGGAGGAGAUAGCUUAUAAUGCUGAUGUGGUUAGCUGGAAUACUGUGAUUUCGGGAUGCACACAGAAUGGCCACUUCUGGGAAGCUUUAAAUGCAUUCAAGUUAAUGAGACUCAAAUCAAAUAUCCAUGAUACUAUUACUCUAGUCAAUAUCAUAUCAGCCUAUGGAAAUCUUGAAUUAACGUAUGAAGGAAAGUCAAUUCAUGCCCUAGCUUUAAAGACCUCAGCUGGUCAAGAUAUUCGUGUGCAGAAUGCUCUCAUUACUAUGUAUGGAAAAUCAAGCGACGUGGAAAAUGCAAGAUCAGGGUUUGAACUUUGCUUUUAUCAUAACUUAUGCUCUUGGAACUGCAUGAUAUCCACUUUAGCUCAGAAUAAAAAUUCUAAAGAAGCAAUAGAACUUUUCCGUUUCCUUGAGUUUGAACCAGACGAGAUCACCAUGGCUACCGUUCUUUCAGCUUGUCGGCAACUUGGAAUUAUUAGACACGGGAAACAGAUCCAUGCACACGUCAUCAGAUCUGGUUUUUACAAAAAUGCUUUUGUAUCAGCUGCUCUUGUGGAUAUGUAUAGCAGCUGUGGCAGGUUAGAUAUUGCUCAUCAGGUAUUCCAGAGUUCAGAAGAGAUAUCUCUUGCAGCUUGGAAUUCAAUGAUUUCUGCAUGUGGUUUCCACAGCAAUGGUCAGAAAGCAAUUGACAUCUUUCAUGAGAUGAUUUACUCGGGACUUACUCCGUCUAAAGUCACAUUUAUCAACUUAUUAACAGCUUGCAGCCACACAGGGCUUGUUGACCAAGGCUUCUGGUAUUACAAUCAUAUGCUCGAUGAGUUUGGAGUUCAACCUUCCACUGAGCAUCAAGUCUGUGUGGUUGAUAUGUUAGGCCGAUCAGGGAGGCUGCACGAGGCAUAUAAUUUUAUCAAAGAGCUUCCAAGGCCACCUGAUCCAGGAAUCUGGGGUGCAUUGCUCAGUGCUUGCAAUUAUCAUGGUGAUCUCCAAUUGGGGAAAGAAGUAGCAAAUAUACUGUUUUCAUUGGAACCUGAGAAUGUCGGUUAUCAUCUUGCAUUAUCCAACAUAUAUGUUGCUACUGGAAGCUGGAACGAAGCGGGGGAGUUGAGGGACAUUGUUCAUAGAAAAGGGUUAAGGAAAUCUGCUGCUUACAGUAUUAUUGAUGUUGGCUCCAGCUGAAACAUCAUGAAAGAGACCCUCAUGCAAAAGUUUAACUUCUAAAUGGCCAUCCAGUUAGCCUGCUCGUCAUUGGACGACAAGGUGGUGGCAUAGAAAUUUUUGGUUUAGUGGAGCAAAACAGCUAGCAGAACAUUUUGUCGAGUACGUUGAAGAAAUGAUCCAGCUUGCCUGCUGGUAGAACUUGAUGAUUAAGAAAACAAAACUUUCCAAAAAAGAUUGUGUCUCCCCUUAAUCUGUUGGGAAACUUGUUUCAUUUUAAGAUAAAUGUGAGAUUUCGGGCUUUAAAAGAUAUAUGAAAGCUUUAUAGAUAAUUCAUAUAAGCGCCCAUUGAGGACUAAAUUGUUUGAAUGGUCAAUCGGCUGAUCGCUUUUCUUGUGUAUACAACUCAAUUGCAAAUAUACAAGUGAAACAUCAUU